CGGUCGAAACAUUACGCCGGCAAACGGCAACGAGACCACCACGUUCCGAGCUUAUUUUCACUACAAUUUUUCAAACAGAGAACAAGAGAGGAGUUUAUCUAUGUGCGACGAAUUAUUUAAGAGAAUGAGUGAUUCUAGUUGAUCUCGAACACAGAAAAAGAACUUUUGGCAAACAGUGCCGAACAAGCAACUAGAUUUAACCGAUUCUAUCUUGCCAGUGUGUGUGAUACUUUGCAUAGUUAUCAUCUUUAUUCCGAUUCAUAUUCGAUUCAAUCGUUUUUCCUUCAUUUUUUAUUUAUUUCGUUCUUUUUUUUUAUUUUUUUUUUUUAAUUCAGAUUAUUUUUGUCUUUUUUCCUAAUUCUAUCGUUAGUUAAUACAAUUUUGAAACGAUUCGCGUAAGAAGUAUUUCUAACGGUGAUAAUUUUGUGUUCGUUUGAUUAAGUAUUCCUUUCUCGUUUUUCAUUAAUUCUACCUUUUACGCAGUAUUCGAUAUAAUUUUCAAUUCAAUAUUUUAAUAACGCGAAGAUCUUUUUUUCGUCCCCUAUUAUUAACUUGGUGAUAAAAUAUAAGACGAAUAGAAGAAAAUGACUUGCAAUUUUAAUAUGAAUAGAAUAAGCUGUCUCCAAGUACUGAACAUUAUGGUGAUACUUGGUUUCAUGUUGAAUUAUAUGCUGCGCGUUAAUUUAACGAUAGCCAUUGUAUCGAUGGUAAUGCCUUAUAAUAAGUAUUCACAUUCCAAUAAUUCGCACGAAAUCAUUCCAAUUGACAAUAAAACAAUGAUAACGGAUGACGCAAUAAAACGGACAAUACAAAUUGGUAACGAGGGGACAAAUGGGUCGACUUUUAUUUCAACUGGACACGAGGAGCUUGAACAAACCAGGUAUCCGUGGAAUGAAUACGAGGUCAAUCUGAUUUUAGGAAGUUUCUAUUGGGGCUACAUCUGCACGGAAAUACCUGGAGGUAGAAUGGCGGAAAUUAUUGGGACCAGAAGAGUAUUUGGUUAUAGUAUGCUAGGAUCUAGCGCUAUUACUCUUUUAACGCCACUUUUCGCGACUUUCGGAUAUGUUGCCGUUGCAAUUUUAAGAAUUGCUCUUGGUUUUAUGCUGGGAGCUACUUGGCCUGCAAUUCAACCUAUGACUGCUCGAUGGAUUCCACCGAAUGAACGUAGCAAAUUCGUAUCUAAUAUGAUGGCAUCCUCGUUGGGUGCAGCGAUCACGUUGCCAAUUUGCGGUUUCCUCAUUGCCUCUCUCGGAUGGGAAUCUGUUUUCUACGUAACGGGAAUGGUCGGAUUGACGUGGAGUAUCGCGUGGUUCUAUUUCGUCUAUGAUUCACCCUCGCAACACCCACGUAUUUCUGUUGAAGAACGAAACUACAUCGAAGAAUCCAUAGGAACGACCUCGUCCACCAAGCAUUUUCCAGUACCGUGGAAAUCAAUUUUUACUUCGUUACCUGUUUGGGCAAUUCUGAUAACUCACGGAUGUAGCGUUUUCGGAUAUUUCACUGUGGUCAAUCAAUUACCUACUUACAUGAAAUAUAUAUUAAAUUUUAACAUCAAAGAGAAUGGAAUAUUGUCUUCGUUGCCUUAUCUUGGUAAAUACAUUUUUGCUUUGACAACCGCGACAUUGGCCGAUUAUUUACGUCGUACUAAUAAACUAUCGGUUACUGCAAUUCGAAAAAUUUUCACCACUUUUGCCGUAUUGAGUCCAGGACUCCUUAUGAUAGUUCAAGCAUACCUUGGUCGUGAUCCUAUGACGUCCGUUGCCAUUUUUACAGUUGCUUUGACGAUAAAUGGUGCUGUAACAGCUGGUUAUCUUGGCAACGGCCUCGAUAUUGCGCCAAAUUUUUCUGGAACGAUUUUUGGUAUCGCCAAUACACUUAGCUCGUUUGGUGGUUUUCUUAGUAGCUUCAUAGUUGGUACAAUUACCUAUCAGAAUCAAACGUAUGAACAAUGGAGAAAAAUAUUUUGGAUUCUCGCUGGUACUUACUGUACAGGUGCUUUGGCUUUCGCAUUCCUUGGCACAGGAAAAUUACAAAAAUGGAAUUAUCCGGAUAUCAAGAGUUACGAAAAAAAUAAGACUAAUUUAGAAAACAACGGUGACGCUGAAAUCACUGAACCAUUGAAUAAUAAAACGCUUUCGUAAAAUUAAAGGAUUAUUCAAAUCCGUACAUUUCCAAAGAAUCUCUAAUUAUCGACUGACAUUAAUCGUGAGUAUAAACACAGGCUAUUUAAAAGUUAAGAAAAAAUACCCUUGUAUAUAUACCCACAGUGUAUUAUCUUCUAUUGACACUGAAUAAUAGUACGUUACGAUUUUAAACGAAUUCGAACAAAUAAAAGUAAUGUAAUUUUAAUAAUUUCGAAAAAUUGUUAAAUAAUAUGAUGAAUUAUUAUAAAAACUUCAAGAAUUGUCGUAUUUCAAUUAUAUUUCCAUAUAAAUUUAUAUAUGUACAAAAUAAUGACAAAUAUACGAAGAGAAAUUUUUAAAAAUUUAAGAAUCAUUAGACGAGAAAUAUUUAUCAAGAAUGGGAUAGAUAACACAUUUUCAUAAAUACAAGAUAGAAUUCUACGAAAUAAUAGUGAAAUAAUAUUACGAGAAUCGUCGACAAGGUGGGCAUCUGUUAUCGUUGAUAGUAGUCCAUCGAAUGAUACGUUAUCGACCGAAAACGAAGACUCUACAAAAAUAUUAGUAAAAUCUAAAGAGAAGUGGCGCUGGUAUUACCAAUUUACGUUUAAUACUUAUAACCUUUUAACAAAGGAAAUUAAGAGAGGAAAAGA